AGGGGAAAAAAUUCUCAAAGAGAGUUUUAAACCCAAUUAAAAUGUUUUACAACUUUAUUUAAAUGUAAUAAUCGCCUGAAAUCAGACGUAAAAAGCGACACUAAAAUCCAAUCUCGCUGUAGGUCAGGUAAUUAUCUGAUCCAUGCCGAUACCAUUGUGAAGGAAAUGAUUAGAUAAGCAUGUGUAUAUUUUUCUUUCUGUACAUUACUCUGUGCAAAUUACUGUCAUCACUGAGGUUUGGCAGCGUGACAGCAGCAGUUAACCUAUGGGGGAAAGUAACACGACAGACGUCCAAUACGUCUGCGUUUUUUCCCCCCGCACCUCUUUGCUCUGAUCACGAACAGCUGAUGAGUCACAGGUAACAUCCAGAAGUUUGCGAUAAAAGGCAUAACCAUGCGUGUUUGUUCAUUUCAUUCCUUCUGAGACAAACUUGUAAAUAUUUUAGUUGUAGUUAAUGGGGAUGAGUAUGACUCAUCCAUAUGAGGUUAUGUAAUUAAAACUGUGCUCAGUAAUGACACAUACAGGUCACUGACAAACACCAAAGACAUCAAUUACGAUAGAAAAGGUCUGAACAAAAAUAAUUAAAACGGAACAGGAAUAUAAGUUAUAGAGCGACAAAGAAGAAAUAAGUGUUUGCUUCUUCAAAAUAAAUCUAGAUCUGUGUUGGAGUUCAAUCCAGUAAAAACGUGUUCAUUCUCUCAGAGAGAAAAGUCCUGAUUGCUCUUGUUUUUAUAUCUUUAAUGUUCCUUCAGUUGUUCCUCUAGAGAACACUUAAAGCUUCUAAACCUACGACAGCGUUUCCCUACUAUAAAGGGUUCCAAAUAGAACCCAAUUCCAAGGAACCCCUAAACAGUUGGUCAAGUACCAAGAGCUAACUUUGAAACAUCUGACAAAGUUCUAGGUAUUAAAAAUAAAUCAUUUAUUGAGCUUAAAGUUCAUAUUAAGAACUAAGUAUAAUAAUAAUAAUAAUAAUAAUAAUAAUAAAUAAUAUAAUUCUUGUGAUCCAAUCCGUUGCUCCCAGGCUAGGACCCAAAUCCGAAACAAACCCGACCCAAUUAAAGGGUUACACUUGGAAACCUUUCCGAUAGGAAAACACUAUUCUAGGGUUCUACAUGGACAAAGGUUCCUCCAGAAAGACAGCUGAAGAGCCAGUAAUGGUUCUAAAAAAAAUUAAUUGUUUACAAUGUACUUAACACAACAAUUGGAUCUGGAUCACUGUUUCCUCUGAGCUGUCUGAAAUAAUACUCUAGUAUUCUCUAGCAAAAACUCUAGAACAGAAGAAUGUGCAUAAAUGUAUGAUUAACACUUCUGUCCAUCAUCUUCAUACCUCAGAGACUCCAGCAAUGAAAACAUCUGCAGCACAAGUCUGGACUUGCGUGCUUUUCAUGUGGUUUCUUAAAAAGGCGGAUGGAAAAACUCAAGAUGUGCAUGUAACCUGUCAGUACUCUGAGGACUGUGUCCUUCCCUGCAGCUUUACCCCCUCGGGCCGAGAGGAGAUCCGCUGGUUCAGACGGGACGCCCUUAUUUACAGUCAUCCACAGGGUACAAACAGUCACAAUGAGCUUUUUAUGGGAAGGACGUCCAUUUCAGCUCACGAGCUAUCACUUGGGAAUGCGUCGCUCAUCCUGCAGCGCUGCAUCCUGAAAGACAGGGGGCGCUACAGAUGUGAAGUGACUAAGGGGGAAAAAAUGGACAGUUUCGUUGUACUGAAAGUGGAAGCCCCUAUCCGCUCAGUGAAUCUCGAGAUUACUCGUCUGAGCGGUUUUGAGGAGCUCAAGUGCUCCACAUGCAAUGUUUACCCUGCUCCUCACGUCUUCUGGUCCACGAAUCCGCCCAUUCCAGUGGAGGAACUCAAAUACACAACAAGAAAAAUGGCCGACAAGCAGGGGCUGUACGUCAUGGAGAGUAGACUGAAGAGGCUGGGACAGCGUAACAACCUCACCUACAUCUGUAUCGUCACCUCGUCCUAUGCUGCACAGACGUGGACCACAUCGCUGACGGAGACAGUUCACAAUAACGUCACACUCAGAUCAAAGGUGUACUCAUUCUCCACCUGGACCGAAAUAAACUCAGCUGAAGGUCAGGACAUCACCAUCCCCUGUAGAAGCCCCUGGAACCUGCAGAACUUUACACUGACCUGGUCCUUCACUACAGCAAACAUGUCCACCAUUAUCUACACUUAUGACAGCAAGACACAGCAGAUCUCCAACCGCUGGAACGGCACGGCCUGGCUCGAACCCCGACGCGUACAGGAAGGCGAUGGAUCCCUGCGACUGUGCAGUAUCCAGAACCUGGAACACAUGGGGGUGUACACCUGUAACGUCUCAGCUAUCCAGAAGAACUACGUGGCACAAAUCAGGGUCAACAUUACUUCAACACAAGAGUCUGAAAAUGAGAACCUGAGGAUGAACACCGCCUCCAGACCGUGGUGGAUCCCUGUCGCCGUCGUACUCGCUCUAAUGAUCAUCUUUGCAGCCUUAAUAGUAGGAAUAGUCAAAUUACAAAACAAGUGCUCAAAAACCAAAACCGAAGGAACGGCCAGAUAUUCCAAGGAGGUUAAAGUCACUGUAGACAAGAGUGAAGAAACGAAGGAAGAAGGAAGGCGUUUAACAUCUGAUCCAAGUAAAGAGCACACGUGAGGAGCACUGCAUUUCCGCAACGACGUCAGAGAGCAGACGAACCCGAGAGCAGAACCUGAGCCACAUGUGGUCAAUCUCUGCUGUUUAUAAUCACAGUGAUGGAUUUUUUAACUUUUCUUUGAAGUUACGAGACUGAAAUGUUCUCUCAUUUGCACAGAAAUCUGCGAGAAGCCAAGCUGCAGGUGCACCAAACAUGAUGCCAACAAUGUGGCACGGAGUAUAACUGAACACAUGUUACAGACUACAACUUUGAUUAAAGAGUGCUAAAUAAAUGAACUCAGAUUUAAACAGAAAAAUGAAGCGCAUGGUAAUAAAAACAACAGUUAGAGUGGAGUUAUAUAGGCCAGAAAAUAUGGAGUAAAUCCAAAUUAAUUUCAAAUUUUAUAUUUAUUAAGUAUCUGAGCAAAAGGCAUUUAGAUUAUAGUAAAUAUCUGGGGGGAAACUGGUUUAUUUUUACUGAAUAUAUUACGGACAUUGAUUUAUAUUGACUAAUUAUGUGGGUGAAAAUGAUUUGGAUUCACUCAAUAAAAGAGGUUAUAUAUAAGAAACUCAUAUUUGAGCACAUUCUGCUUAAUUCAACACAUUUAGAGUGCUAUUCUUAUUUAUCUGUACUUUUAUCGGUUCGUGCAACUUUGUCUCAUUUUUCCAAGUGCGAAAUGCCAAAAUAUAAUAAAUAAAAUGACAGAACAACAAUAAAA